CACACACACACACACACACACACACACACACACACGCCAGCAGUUAGAUCUUCAAAACUCAUAUUGACUUCUCUUGUUCCCUCUCUCUCCCUCUCUCUUGUAGCAUGGCGGAUAAACAGGAUAAGAGUGAGCUGAAAGCAGAGCUGGAGAGGAAGAAACAGCGCCUGGCCCAGAUCCGAGAGGAAAAGAAGAGAAAAGAGGAGGAGAAGAACAAGAAGAAGGAUGGGUCUGACUCGAAGCGGGAAGGGGAAGGGGGUGGAGUCGGUGCAGCAGAUGACUCUUCUGACCUGGAGAAGAAGAGGAGAGAGGCUGAGGCUCUGCUGCAAAGCAUGGGGAUCACCCCUGAUAUACCCAACACCCAGCCUCUGAGGGUAAUAACAGAGGAUACGUGUCUGUUUCACUAUCUAGUCACUACCCUUAUGUCUCCCUCAGCCAAGUCAGUGGGCAGCGAUUCUGGAAGCCAGGACUCUGGAGAUGGAAACUCUAGGACAUUACCCUGGGAUCCUGACCCCUCUACUCUGCAGCUGCACUCUGACUCUGAACUACUGGGGCGAGGUUUUAGGCUUGGCAUGGCAAUGGUGACCCAGGUGGAUUUCCCUCCAAAAGAGAUGGUGUCCUACUCCAAGGAGACACAGACCCCCGCCGAUACACAAACACACACCCAGGCUAAACCAGCAGAGGAGGAGGAGGAGGAAGAAGAGGAGGAGGAGAUGGUCGAUCCCAAGCCAGCAGAGGACUCCCAGGAGGAGAAAGCUGAUGAGGAGGAGAAGCAAGAAGAAGUCCCUCCCAAGGAGCUGACUGAAGAGGAGAAGAUGCACCUGCUCAACUCUGAGGAGUUCAUGACCUUCUUCGAUCGAGGGAGCAGGAUUGUAGAGCGGGCUCUCUCUGAGCGAGUGGACGUCUGCUUCGACUACAGUGGCCGAGACCUGGAGGACAAGGAGGGUGAGAUGCAGGCGGGGGCUAAGAUGUCUCUGAGUAGGGUGUUCUCUGACGAACGUUGGUCCAAGAACAGAGUGGUCACCUGUCUGGACUGGUCUCCUCAGUACCCUGAGCUGCUGGUGGCCUCCUACAACAACAAUGAAGAUGCUCCUCAUGAGCCGGACGGAGUGGCUCUGGUCUGGAAUAUGAAGUAUAAGAAGACCACACCCGAAUACACCUUCCACUGCCAGUCUGCGGUGAUGUCAGCGGCAUUCGCCAGGUUCCAUCCUAACCUGAUUGUGGGUGGGACUUACUCAGGCCAGAUCGUCCUAUGGGACAACAGGAGCAACAAAAGGACAUCUGUACAGAGAACCCCCCUGUCUGCAUCCGCUCACACGCACCCGGUGUACUGUGUGAACGUGGUCGGGACCCAAAACGCUCACAACCUCAUCAGCAUCUCUACUGACGGAAAGAUGUGUUCUUGGAACCUAGACAUGCUGUCUCAACCACAGGACAGCCUGGAGCUGGUGUUUAAGCAGUCUAAGGCAGUAUCAGUGACCUCCAUGGCGUUUCCUCUGGGUGACGUCAACAACUUUGUGGUUGGGAGUGAAGAUGGAUCCGUCUACACCGCCUGCCGCCACGGGAGUAAGGCAGGCAUCAGUGAUGUGUUUGAGGGACACCACGGUCCAGUCACUGGACUGAGCUGUCACAGUGCCGGGGGUCCCGUGGAUUUCUCCCAUCUCUUCAUCUCUGCUUCCUUCGACUGGACUGUUAAGCUCUGGACCACCAAGAGUACUCGUCCUCUGUAUUUGUUUGAGGACAGCUGUGACUAUGUGUAUGAUGUCAUGUGGUCUCCCACUCACCCCGCCCUCUUCGCCUGUGUGGAUGGAUCAGGACGGCUGGACCUGUGGAACCUCAACAACGACACAGAGGUGCCCAGUGCCAGUGUGGUUGUGGAUGGGUCUCCUGCUCUGAACCGUGUGCGGUGGGCUCACUCAGGGAGAGAAAUCGCUACAGGAGAUUCAGACGGGCAGGUGCUGGUCUACGACGUAGGAGAGCAAAUCUGUGUGCCCAAGGCAGAUGAGUGGACCCGUUUCGUGCGCACGCUCGUGGAGAUCAACGAGAGCCGAGACGAAGAAGAUGAGCUCGCCGCGCAGCGCCUACUCGCCUGAUCACCAUGGUUACUUUGGGGACCACGCCCCUCUUGCUUCCAAAUCCUCCCUCUGGUUGGAGCAGGUGUGACGUCUAUCCCUCAGGGUUCUAGAAGGUCGACAGUGUUCUGUCCACCACUCCAACUCAAGUCCUUUUCUAAAUAUGCAAAACGUACCUUUUUACUACUUUGUAUUUGUACAUUUUGCAGACGUAUGUAUGUUCCCUAUGGGCUGACGAUGUGUGUUAAACUGAUGGUGAAGAACAGAAAAAGAUCACCCAUGCUAUGCGCAUUCCAACCUUCAUAGACAAGGACAGCCAUGUCCUCAUAUUUUAGCAACAAUUUUAUUUAUCCAUGCAUUUAUAUCACAUUUGGUUACACACAUUUUAAACAUAUUACAUAUUUCUGCAGAUAACGUUUCUAAUAUCCCCUGACAUUAACACUACACCUAAACCCAAAAAUAAAAAAAUAAAGCUUUUUAAAUUAACUAAAACUAUUCUUCACGGCAAGUUAUGAACCAAAGUUUUUACUUUCUCUUUUGGUAAUGUACCUGUAUGUCUCUUAAUAGAAAAACAGUUUCGUUCUCCUUCCUGAAAGCAUGACUAAUGAAAUCUUCCCACAUAUGAAGAUGUGGACGCAAGCAGAGCCAUAGAUACAGUACCUCUGGAAAGUAUUCAGACCCCUUGACUUUAUCCACAUUUUGUUAAGUUACAGCAUUAUUCUAAAAUCUACACAAGCAAAAACAGAUUUAGAUAUUUUUGCAAAAAUAAACAGAAAUACCUUAAUUACAUUGGUAUUCAGACCCUUUCCUAUGAGACUUGAAAUUGAGCUCAGGUGCAUCCUGUUUCCAUUGAUCGUCCUUGAGAUGUUUCUACAACUUCAUUGGAGUCCACCUGAGGUAAAUUCAAUUGAUUGGACAUAAUUUGGAAAGGCACACACCUGUCUAUAUAAGGUCCCACAGUUGACAGUGCAUGUCAGCAAAAACCAAGCCAUGAGGUCGAAGGAAUUGUCCGUAGAGCGCCAAGACAGGAUUGUAUCGAGGUACAGAUCUGGGGAAAGAGUACCAAAAAAUGUCUGCAGCAUUGAAGGUCCCCAAGAACACAGUGGCCUCCGUCAUUCUUAAAUGGAGGUUUGGAACCACCAAGACUCUUCCUAGAGCUGGCCGCCCGGCCGAACUGAGCAAUUGGGGGGGGGGGGCAGAUUAUCUGGUCUGAUAAAACCAAAAUUGAACUCCUUGGCCUGAAUGCCAAGCACCACUUCUGGAGGAAACCUGGCAACAUCCCUACGGUGAAGCAUGGUGGUGGCAUCAUCAUCCUGUUGGGAUGUUUUUCAGUGACAGGGAGACUAGUCAG